AUGGCCUUCGACUGCUACUGCGCCAUCUGCGGCGUCGGCUUCUCAGGAAUGCGCAUUGGCUCGCCCUCCGAUGUCACAGCCGCGCGACGACAGCAGUAUGUGGACAGCGUCUCUCGCGCUACUACGCCUUUAACCCCCCAGGAAGACGAGUCGAUAUACAGCUACGACCCGCGCUUGGUCGAUUCGGAGAGUGUCGUCUGGACAUCCGAGGUGCACUGUCUCGGAGUGCACGACGUCCAGGGCAAGACCAAAGCGUUCGUCUCCGGGCCUGGAUAUUACGCAGAUGCCGGCGAGCUGGCUGUGAAGAUGGGACAGCGUGCAAAGCGAACAUACUUCAAUUGCUACGGCUUUGGCACAGACGAAGCCCCUGGCCCCGUGGUGCCAUUCCACUGGUGCUGUUUCCAGAUCCUCCUCCGCUCUCUGACAGGCUCUGAUGCUCCCAAAGACGCCAACCUGGACGUUCUUUACGAUGCCAUGAUGAGCCUGUGCAAUGUAUCAGGGUCCGCGCUGCGACUUGCAUACGGCGACCAUGUUGCGCAUGCACAAGGACAGUACUGGCAGUGUCUCCCUGGAACAGAGUAUUCCGUGCGACAUCCCACAGGCGCAGCCGGCUUCGAAGAGCUCGCACGGAUGCAGAUCGAGACCACAGGCAGGCUCCGCGCACCUUCAAAGCACUUUGAUAUCGGCAACCGACAGCCCAGAAACCCUUUCGGCGCGCUGCCAGCUGAACUAGUCUACCAGAUCUGCUCUUUUCUUCCAGGCGAGUCACUGAAGUCUCUCAUCCAGGCCUCUGCCUUCAUCCACCUCGUCACCCAAGACGACUACUUCUGGAGAUGCUUCAUUCAGUCGGACAUGCCGUGGCUCUGGGAGAAGCAGGUGCUGCGCCAGUCAGACACGGACCUGAACCACAAGCAGGUCUAUAUCUGGCUGGACGCAAUCACUGCUCCGAAGUACGGGCUGGAAGACGCGACGCUGAUGGGCAUUGCCAACCGUCGGCGCAUCUGGGGUGCUUGCGACGAGCUGUCUCGGAACUACAAGGCACAGUGCCAGUCAACCGAGUAA